AUGGCGUCGACUCUCUUCGCCUCGAUGCUACUGGCAUCGUGUCUAAUAGGUCCCACGCCGACCAGUGCGAACACGAUACAGAUGGACAUCGCCCGGGAUCCUGCAGCACAAGCUGCCCAACUCCAGAACCGCUCUCUCCUUAAAAGACGCCUCCGGGCCCGUGCUGAGGAUACCAUUACCGCCGAGCUGGGGAAUGACAUGUCCCAGGGACUGUACUUUGCAAACGUAUCCGUAGGCACGCCGCCGCAGAAUUUGCAGGUCCAGAUUGAUACGGGCAGUUCCGAUAUGUGGGUUCCAGCGAGUACCGCCUCCGUUUGCAGGACAUCGGCCAGUGAGGGAGGCGGAUGUGAUGGCGGAAGCUUCAACUACAAAGCAUCGUCAACAUUCGUAGAUGUAGAACAAGGGGCUUUCAAUAUCAGUUAUGUGGAUGAUACGAGUGCCACCGGCGAUUAUUUCCAAGAUGCAUUCUCGAUUGGAGGAGCAUCCGUGAAGAGCUUCCAAAUGGGGUUGGCCCUCGAAGGCAACAUUGGGAUUGGCAUCAUGGGCCUUGGGUAUAAUAACUCGGUGGCCAAUGUUCAUACGGGGAACGGAUCGGUCUAUGCCAAUUUGCCAAACGCCCUCGUUGAUCAAGGUUUGAUCAAAACAGAAGCGUACAGUCUGUGGCUGAAUGAUCUACAAUCAAGCACCGGCUCUAUUCUUUUCGGCGGGAUCGACACCACAAAAUAUAGCGGUAAUCUCACGUCCAUCGGCGUGUACGCCGGACGACGGACCAAGGAGGUCACUUCGUUUACCGUUGCUUUCACCUCCCUCUCAGCCACCAGCAAGUCAGGUACUGAUAUGCUCACGCCGUCGAAUUUCGCCGCUGCUGCUAUCCUGGACUCGGGAACCACUAUCACACUUCUCCCAGAUUCAUUGGCGCAACUUGUCAAUGAAGAGCUUGGAGCUACGUAUUAUGGUAGGCUUGGGGCCACCAUCGUCCCAUGUGCUUUGGCCAACAAUGAUGGCACGCUUGACUUCGGAUUUGCCGGCCCGGGAGGGCCCAUCAUUAGGGUUGGGGUGUCCGACCUCAUCCUUCCCUUGACACUGACCAAUGGUCAGCGCCCGAAAUAUUCCAACGGUCAAGACGCAUGCCAACUCGGAGUCGAAGCUGCUGGAGACCUGCCUAUCCUGCUUGGCGACACGUUCUUGCGAUCUGCUUAUGUGGUGUAUGAUAUGGUCAACAACCGAAUUGCGCUCGCGCAAACCAAGUUUAACGUCACCGAGUCUAAAGUUAUACCGUUCGCCAGCUCAGGGGCGCCCAUCCCAUCAGCAUCAUCGGCGCCCAACGAGGCUCAGGUGACGCAAACAGCUACGGCAUCAGGUAUUCCCCAUGUUGUCCAGACGGCUACUGCCACGGGCGAUGGUGCGGCCGCGACGUAUAAUUCGAGUCCGACAGGCUUGAAUGCCGCUAGUGGAUUUGCCUCCACGAGCACGCCUAGCGGGAAGAAGAACGCGGCUGGACGAGGGCCGGAGCCUUUCGCAUGGUCGAGAGUUUUUAUUAGUGCGAUCGGUUUAGCUCUAGUGGGAGUUGGUGGAGGGGUUUUCACACUUAUGUGA